UGGCUCCUGUGUUAUUUUCAAUAGUUCAUAUCCACCGGUCUCUGCUAGCCAGAGCUUAAAAAAACUUGCCACAUGUUCUGUUCUGUAAAGAUACACCAAGAAGGUUCCAAUCAUGGACAUAACAAACUCAAUUUUUAGAACACUUUGGGGAAAAAAGGACAGUAAGCAGCAAUCCUUUAGUCAUUAUUUCGACAUCCACCAUUUUGAAGCUUCAACAGUUUUGUAGAUCUGCAAUACCUACAACCAUCUAUUCCAAUCGGUGAGUCAUCCCUUCAAGCAUACAUCCUUCUUCUCCUCACAUCCGGUAUAAACUUCCGAUUCCACCUUCAUUCCACCACCACUCCUAAUCUAUCAGCCUUCUAUAAUUGCGCCAACUUACUUCUUCCACUUUAAGCCACUGCUUGGACAGUCGCCGCCUUAUCACACAGGUCUUAAAUCACACUUAAUUGAAUAAUCCUUCAGGUUGCCGUGGCAUGAUAUACUGUUCUAUCAGUGAACAUUCAGUCAGCCAACACAUCCACCAGAACUCCGCUCUGCUCGACGUCCAAUAAUUGCCAGUUGUGGCAGCUGCCCCAGAAAACCGGAAAUACAAGAAUACAGCAAACCCAGUCGAAUGAUAGCAACGCACAGCAAGCUUUUUGCAAGGGACACGUUCGGAAUCCGGACCCGGUGUAGUUACACCGGGUUCGUCACCCAAGAAGUGUCAGCCGUGUCAACCCCGACCGACCGACCAACCAUACGGUGGCUGGCGAGUGUCGUCGGUCCACCGCUUUUUUCGGGGUGGUUCGGUCGGAACGCGGUGGGUUGCCGAUAAAAUGUCAAUUAGAGCGGAAUGGGGUGGUAGCGGUGGUGGUGCGGUGGUGAGAGGUGACGACGCAUCGAUUCUUGCGGUUGGGCGGGUGAGGAACGGCCGGACCCAGCACAGUCAAUCCGGAACGAUGACGGACAGUGGAUGCCGCACCGUUUGCGAGGUGAAUCAGGCUGGAUUGACUGUUGCUGCAGUUUUCGUGGGGGCGGUGGAUAUGCGAGGUGAUAUGGUUGGACAGGAUUGGAAUGUCCAAUUUCAUCGAAAACGCUCAACGGCCCCGCAUAUCGAUCCGGCAGGGACACUGGCUGGCGGAUUCUUGGGUGAUAUGAGUCGUCCAUGUCCCUAAAAGAAAAUCGAUUUCGGCACGGGCGAGAUGAAUGGGAGAGAAGAGUACGGAUGUGGAGCGCAUGCGUUCAUCGCUGUCUUUGUCUAUCCGCUUGAUCCUGGCUGUAGCGUGAGUUGAGCUUCGAAGUUGAGCAACGGUCGAAGGAGAUGCAAUGCAGCAGCUGGAAAAAUCUAGUUGGCUCCACCCCUUUCGGUGAUUCGACCAGACGGUGAGCAUGUAUUGCCUCGUAGCAUCGCACGAUCAUGGUAGUGGUGCUGCCGGCGAGCGCGUGGUGAGUUUCUUUCUCUUCGGUGGUGAAUGUAGGGUUUCUUUGUUUGUGGCUGGUUCUCCUGUCCGUUUCAGUUGCGAUUGGUUGGCGGAGUCGGCAAGAGUAGGACACCAUGAAUGCGUUGGUUCAGUCGCGCUACCGAGUCGCAUCUUCCGAGAGUAUGAGAUUGGAUAAUGUGUCGUUAAUGUCGGUACCAAUACGCGUGCAGUGCCGUGUUCCGUCACGCAAGGGGAGAAUGUGUGUUUAAAGUUUAGUUAGGCACUUCAGUCGAAUAUUGUUUGAAAGCCAAAUAGUAGUUAUUCCCCUCUGCAAACAGUCACAUCUUGUUAUUCAGGAGAGGCAGGCAGGCAGACAAAGUUGAUGCAGUCGCCUAGUUUGAAAACCAAAGGAAUUCACUGGAACGAUAACACCAGCCAUAACCAGUGAGUGAACAAAUAAACAAAGCAUAGUGAGACAUUACUAGCCGGUGUAGUAUUGGAGUGAUAAACAAUUUCGGUGAUUGCAGUCAGGAAUGUGAAUCGCGCUCGGUAUGAGCGAUUAUGAACGAGAGAUGAUUGAUCUGUAGUCAUGCUACUACGGUUCCCGUUGAUCAGAGAAGGUGUAUUCAUAGAAGCGAUUUUGAUUGAUUUGUUUGUGCACGACUUAGACAAAGUUUCGAAGUGAUAAGAAGACUACAGUGAAGUGAAAAUGCAAAAACUCUAUCCGGAAACAUCGAUCAACAACACCAGCAUGGCCGGCGGAAACAUGAGUCCCAUGACGUCGACUUACAGUAUGAACAGUAUGGGCAUGACCGUUGGCGGUAUGACCUCGGUUUCACCACAGGGUGGAUCAUUUGGGGCAGGAGUGCUAGGAAGCCCUGGAAUGGGUGGAAUGGGAGCCGCAAUGAACACCAUGUCUGGUCAAUGCCUAACGUCAGCUCCAAUCGGAUACAGUUCGAUGGGGUCACCAAUCACGAACAUGGGUUCUUGUAUGGGAGGCAACGGUAUGAGCUCGAUGGCUGCCAUGUCCGGAUAUUCUAGUGUAGCUGGCAGCCGAGAAGUACUUGGUGAUCCUGCAUCUCCAAACUCAGCAGCCCUUCAGCGAGUGAGGCAAGAAAAACCUGCGGCAGCUUACCGACGGAGUUAUACUCACGCCAAACCUCCAUACUCGUACAUCUCCCUCAUCUAUAUGGCUAUCCACAAUAAUCCGCAUAAAAUGCUUACUCUGGCGGAGAUCUAUCAGUUCAUCAUGGAUCUGUUUCCUUUCUACAGGCAGAACCAACAACGAUGGCAAAAUUCCAUCCGACACUCGCUUAGUUUUAAUGAUUGCUUCGUCAAAGUGCCCCGAACACCAGACAAACCCGGUAAAGGUUCCUUCUGGACGUUACAUCCUGAGUCCGGGAACAUGUUUGAGAACGGGUGUUACCUUCGGCGGCAGAAGCGCUUCAAGGACGAGAAGAAAGAGAUCAUCCGUUCGAUGCACAAGAGCCCAGCGCACAGUAUGGAUGCAACGAGUCCGGAUAAGAAAGACCCUCAUGAUGAUCAUCAUCACCACCACCGGGACCAUAAAGUGACCGUCGAAACCCAUGGAAUGUUGAAUUCCGGCCACGGUAAGGACACCGACGCGCUUGCCAUGCUGCAUGCUACCGCUGACCUUUGUCUGGCUCAGCAGUCGCACUCUCAGCACGCACCCCAUCACCAGCAGCUUCAGCAAGAGGAAUUGUCUGCCAUGGUGAAUCGAUGCCAUCCUUCGCUACUCAGCGAUUACCACUCGAUGCACCUCAAGCAGGAACCUCCCGGUUACACGCCUUCUAGUCAUCCGUUCUCCAUCACGCGAUUACUACCGACGGAGUCCAAGGCUGACAUCAAGAUGUACGACAUGAGUCAGUACGCCGGCUACAACGGCCUUAGCCCUCUACAGAACUCGCACGCAGCAGCCGCCGCCCUAGGACAGGACUCGUACUACCACCAGAGUCUCGGUUACCACCACGCAUCGGCCGGAACCACCAGCUUGUGACAUCAGUACCCGUUGGCAUAAAUGAAACUUAGGAACUACUACGGUUGCUACGGUGGCGCCAACAGCAGCAUGCAUCAGUUCAACGUCAACAGCAGCAGUAGUAACGGUAACAACGGUAAUUCUAUCAGUAGAUCCUCCUGUAAUAGCAGCACUGAGCCUGAUCCUAAUUUCCCAUUCUGAAUCC